AUGGGUGGGCGUAAGAGAUCGAUGGGAGAGCUUUGGAGAAGAGCUAGUGAUAGUGAUGAUUUGCCUAAUGCUGAGGAAUCAGGAGAUAAUGUUCCAUUUGAGGCAUCAUCUAGUGAUGAUGAUUUUUUGACUCUUAAUCGAUUGCCAAGACCAAUGUCCAUGAGCCCGUUUCGUAAUCAUGAAAUUCCUUAUCUUGAUCAUCUCCCGGAUGGUUCAAAUAUCUUUGGUGAUACAUAUGAUGAGUAUACAUCUCAACGUACGUGGCAUAAACCACAAGAUUUCAUGAAUGGUGCUAUUUAUAUUGAAAAAAGCAUGUUAUUCAAUUCAAAAAAGCAGUUGCAAAGAGCAGUUAAACUUCUACAUUUGAAAGUAGCAAGGGAGUACUUUUUGAAAGAUACAUUGAAGAACAUACAUGUGAUAUGGGUACAUGUCGCAGAAGGACAUUUCAACUUGGAUGUUGAGAUGAUUGCUAACGUCAUCCGUGUUGAUAUAGAAAGAACGCCAAGGUUUCCCAUCAAAGACUGUCAAACAGUCGUUCUUAAAGCAUAUGACAUUUCGACAAGUAGAAGAAAAGCUUAUCUUGGUUGCAAGCGGGCUUUUGAAAAAUUCUAUGGUACUUGGAAGGGUUCUUUUGUCGAGUUACCGAGGUUCAUGGAAGCUUUGAAACACUUCAAUUCUGGAACAAUAGUAGAAUGGAAAACAGAGCGGCGUGUCGAUGUCAUUGAAGAUGUAUUCAACUAUGUGUUUUGGGCUUUUAAACCAUGCAUUGAUGGGUUUGUGCAUUGUCGUCCUGUUAUAUCGAUCGAUGGAACACAUGUCUAUGGAAAAUAUGAUAUCACGUUGUUGAUUGCGAUUAUAAUAGAUGGUAAUGGCUCUAUAUUACCUUUGGCAUUUGCAAUAGUUGCAAAUGAGAGCAUAGAGACAUGGACUUUAUUUUUGGAUCAUUUGCACUUGCACGUUGUCAAGGGUCGUAGAGGGGUCACAUUUAUAUCAAAUAGGCAUCACGGAAUACUCUCAUCCGUGUAUAAUUCUCCGAAAUAG